CUCUCGGCAUGGCCGCUCUGCCCCGCCGCUGCUGAGGAGGCGCCGGGCCCGCUCCUUUCCGCCGCCGCCCGUUCCCUUCCGCCGCCGCUCCCCCUCCUCGCCCGCCGCCACUCGCAGGGCCAUGGCCGACUGGGCCCCCGCUCAGGAGCUGGAGUGGGAGAUGGAGUCCAAGGAGCUGGCCCUGGAGCAGCCCUUGGCCGCCCCGGAGCAGGGCCCCGCCGGGGAGGCCGAGCUACCGGCCGCCGAGAUCUCCCUGACGCUCGUCACCGAGAUCCAGGCCGUGGACAGGAAGGUGGACGCCCAGGCCGCCCAGCUGAUGAACCUGGAGGGGAGGAUGAGGAUGGCGGAGACCAAGCUGAUCGGCUGCGAGAAGACGGCGGUGGAGUUUGGGAACCAGCUGGAGAGCAAGUGGACGGCGCUGGGCACCCUCAUCCAGGAGUACGGGCAGCUGCAGAAGAGGCUGGAGAACAUGGAGAACCUCCUGAAGAACAGAAACUUCUGGAUCCUGCGGCUGCCCCCGGGGGCGAAGGGGGAGGUCCCCAAGGUCCCCGUGGCGUUCAACGACGCUUCGUUUAACUUCUCUGAGGAGGAGUGGAAGAGCUUGAACGAGUGGCAGAAGGAGCUUUAUAGGCAUAUCAUGAAAGGCAACUACGAGGCUGUCAUCUCGAUGGAUGCUGCCAUUUCGAAGCCUGACCUCCUGUCGCGGAUCGAGCAAGGAGAGGACCCCAACGCGGAGGAUCAGGAGGACUCGGAGGGAGGAGAAACCCCUACAGACCCCAGCACCGAAUUUUCCUUUCCUGGUCCGGAUGAUGGCUCCUGGAGUAAAUACGAAGAGACUCUGGCUGAAAGCCACGAGGGCUCUGACGAAGAGGAAGGCAUGGAGGUCCCUAGUACAUCUUUAUGUAGAGAUGUCACCAUUGUACUGUCUGAGGUUUCCCAAGAAGUCUUUAUCAAUGAUCUGGACGAGGGGAUCGAGUGCAGCUUCAAUGAACAGCAGUGUGAUGAGGAAGGUCCCGAAAGCCUGGAGCUUCCCGGCUCCUUGGCAGGCAAAUGGGAAGAGGUUUUCUCCAGCCCAGAGGAAGAGAUGAAGCUAAGUGUCAAGAGCCAGAGCGGAUCCACCUCGCAGCGGAGAACCCCCACGGGCAACGGGCUGAGGCGUUCCUCUCGCCGCGGGAGAGACUUGGCCAAGAAGGACGUUCCCGAGGACGUGGCAGCAGUAGAGGGGCCCUACAUCUGCUGCGAGUGUGGGGAGAGCUUCCUGGACAAGGAGCUCUUCGCCGCCCAUCAGAAGGCACAUGCCAGUGAGGAGGCCUGCACUUCCCUGGAGCACGCAGAGAGCUUCAGGCAGAAAUCCAAAAGCAGCUCCACGAAAGGCCAAGGGUCUUCUCGCUCCAAACCGGGCUCCAAGCGCCCCGACGGGGAGAAAAGCUCUGCUUUCAAGUACGGCUUCGUCAGGCAGGUGAACAACAUGGUGGAGAGACCCUACACCUGCUCCCAGUGCAAGGAGAGCUUCAGCCUGGAGGUCAGCCUUAUCCUCCACCAGAAGCUCCACACGGGGAAGGGCGACGGGCCCCUGACCUGCACCUACUGCGGGAAGGACUUCCGAGAUCUCUCCAAAGCCAUCCGCCACCAGCGCAUCCACACCGGGGAGAGGCCCUACCAGUGCACUGAGUGCGGGAAGAGCUUCAUCCGGCGGGACCACCUCCUCAAACACUGGCGGGUCCACACCGGGGAGACCCCCUACCAGUGUCCCGUCUGCGGCAAGCACUUCCGCUACAAGGAGUCGCUCAACUGCCACCAGAAAAUCCACUCCCGCAACCCCCGGCCCAUGGAGGAGUCGCAGCACAACCUGGAGUCGGCAACUCAAACCGGCCAUUUCUGCGUGAAAAAAGAAACUAAGCAGUAGCGUUGGCCCCCCCGGGGGGGGGGUGUGAUGAGGGGGGAAAGGCCGGGGGGGGCGGAAAGGGCUGUCGGCGACGGUGAGGGCCGAGCAGGUUGGACGCGCGGCGUGACGGGAGGGGAACUCGUGUCAUGGCAAAGCCAAUCCCACGCGGUCGUGCUACGAAGCCCCGCUUUGUUGAAGCAUCAAAGGAAAUUUCCUCUUUAAAAAACAAAAACACACACAACGACAACACAACAAGAAACAAACAAAAACUCUUGGUGGGACAGCCCAGGCCACCUUUUUGACCCCCCCGCGGGGUGAUGUGAUGAGACUUGCACGGAGCAGCGUAGGGCCUUGGACUCCUCGUCCCCCCUACGCAGGUUUGGAUUUUGCCUGCAGAGCGUGAUCCCCAGCGAUUCUCCAGGGGGCUGGGGGGGGGCUGUAUUUAUCAGGCGUUUCCCCACCAAUCUUUGUGCAUAUUCAGGAGUGACGAGCUUUCGCUUUUCUUUUUUUGUUUUCCCCCAACUCCUUUCACCCGACGAGGAGGCUGGAAGCACAAGGGAGGGAAGGAAGGAAGGUGCCAUUCCCGGAUAAUCCCCUCGUGUCGCCGCACCUUCCGACGGCAAAACCCCCUCCUCGGUGCCGCGAGGCCGGGGCUGGGAUGAAGGGAAGAUUGAGGCGAGGCCACGUGGUUUUAGGGGCACGGCGCAGGAUUUAUCGAAGGCGAAAAGAAAAAGCAGAGAGGAGAGAGAGCAGCGAAGAGCAAGGUGAGAAAAAGUAGGUGCAGGAGGAGAAGGAAAGGGCUGAGGACAUUGGAGCAGGAGGAGUUGGGGAAGGGCAGCGCGUGGAGACGUGGUCGGGUCGCUCACCCGAGGAGGACGCGUCUUUAUUCCUUGGAAGGACGUUACCGGCACCGGUUGGGCCGUGGCUUUCCCUCUGGCCUGAGGGAACGGAGCCGCUGGUCUGUCACACCAACUCCUGGCAAUGAAGGCAAUUUUAGUAUCAUUUUUUUAACUGGGUUUGGUCUCACACUCAGGUAAGUCAGACGAGUGAAAGCAACUUCUCCUAACCCCUGUAAAGAGCUGUUCGGUUUUUAGUUAAUCUAGAAGUAGUAUUAUAUUAUUAUUAUUAAUAAUUAUUAUUAUUAUUAAUUAUUAUUAUUAUACUACAAGGAAAUGUGUGGCACUAUAUUCCACCAGUUGAUCUAAAACACUUUAAAUGUCUGAGAUAACUGACCGGAGGUUUUUUCAGCCGUCUGUGUAAAUAUUGGAUUGACUUCUCGGCGCUAUUCGGUGUUGUUCCUGAGGUGGCUGUUUUAAGUGGUGUCUCUUCCGCUGUGUUUUUAUCGUCGGCUGCUGGUUCGUGAUCGUGUUUUGUAAUAAUUAUUAUUAUAUUAUUGUUUUUAUUUUUUUUUUGUAAAGUCCAUCAAUACAGUGUUUUCCAUUCCGAAGCCCGUGUCGGGUGAGUGAUGGCAGCCCCGCUCCCCUUCACCCUCUUUCGUCCUUGCUUGUCCCCCUCCUUCUCCCCACCAUGACGCACCCGCCUGGUGGUUAAUUAGCCUUUUCCAGGUAAUUUGCAGAACUGGUGAACCCCACAAACCCGGCGGGCUCUGCUCAAGUCCGUGCUGGGGAACCGGGUCCAGCAAAUGAGGCUGCUCAGCCGGUGUCCGGCCAUGGGGAUUUGUGGUUUUUAUGCUUUUUCUCCGCUGCGGCUGGCAGAAAAACGGGGGUUUUGUGGGAGAAUGAUGUCACGGUCCCAAAUGGAGCUGCAGCGAUGGCCCGGGGUUUGCCGGGCUCCGCUGGGACCCGGGACAAUCCCGUGCUGGGAGAAGCUGGGAUGUGGUGGACUCACCCCCCGGCACCGACUGCGGGCGAGAAGGGUCCCGCCGUGCAUUCGCCUCUCCUGUGUCACCCAGAGAGGGUGGCCGGGCCCCACGGCGUCCCAGAGGAUGGGGCUGGGCUGGUUUGGUGCCCGUUGCCCCCGGGAGGGUUUGACUCGCCGCUUCCUCGCUUCACACGUAGCCGAGCUCUUUGUACCGGGGCUGCCAAAUAAAAACUCUUGCUGCCAGG